CCUUGGGGAUCGUUUUGGGGGAGGUUAUAACCCCUGCCAUCGUCAGGGACCCCCAAGACGUGCCCACGAACAACUACGUCUGGAUGGGCUUUGCCAUCCUCACCCAGUGCUGCACCAUCGCUUGCAUCACCAGGUCGGAGCCCCCCACCCCCGCGAGUCUGAGCUCCUCUGCACAGGGCGGGCAGCCGAAGCUUGGGUACUGGGCACAGCUGAGGGCGGUGAUGACGUGCCCAGCCUACCUCAUCCUGCUCGCCAUGAUCGGCUUCGGCGUGGGCUUCUUAUCUGCCAUGGCCACCGUCACCCAGCAGAUGCUGUGUGUAGUGGGUUACUCAACG